GCAGCCUUGACUACAACCACUCCGGAGGUUUCAUCGGUCAACCCAGCACUGGCAUCUCGCCGGCCACUUGGUCAGCUCGGGGUCCGAUGUGAUCUCAGUUGCUGACAAAAUGGUAUGAUGUAAAGGAAUCCGAGUUUCCAUAUACAUCGUACAAAGUACCUAGGUAAAUACAACAAUAAUGUACUGAUCCGCACCACACAUUUGACCGGUGUACCUGAAGUACCUUGAAAGCAUUCUUUGUAGACGACAGCAAGGAAGGUUGUGUCUCUCUAUCCCGCAAUCAAAAUGUCAAUCGUACAUAUCGUUCUGUUUAGACUCAAGCCCUCGUUGAGCGAUUGGGAAAAGGAAGAGUUCUGCGAUGAUAUGCUCUCUUUGAAAGACAAAUGCUUGCAUCCAGCUUCCAACAACCCGUAUAUCGUCUCGGCGUCAGGCGGCGUCGAUAACAGCCCGGAGGGUGCGCAGGGAGGGUUUACCCAUGGUUUCGUGGUGGAAUUUGCUUCCAAACAAGAUCGGGACUACUAUGUCGCCCAUGAUCCGGCUCAUCAAGCCUUUGUGAAGAAGAAUAGCCCCAGAUUUGAGGAUGUCAGAGUGGUCGAUUAUGAAAAAGGGGUAUAUUGAAGCUUGCGCUGGUAGCGAAUAGAUUGUUUCAGCCAGAAGAAAUGUAUUUCAGUGAUCCUGCUCAGAGCCCGAUAGCCCCCUUCUUAUCAUAUAAGACCCACGAUACCCGGCAUCAAGUCGUUGCAAAUCCAUAGCCAUUAGAACGCCUUUUCUCG